UGAAUUAGCUGGACACACUCCCAAACAUAAACUAUAUCCUCUUUCUCCUUCACCCACCUCUCUCAACAACCACUAAUCUCCCCAAUCUCAGACCCCAAUUUCUCCAAAUCCCUGAUAAUGGCCUCCAUGUCCAUCACAGCCUCCUUCCUCCCCUUCACCGCCACCCAACCCUCCGCCGCCGCCGCCCGAAGAGCCCUCUUCGUCACCAAGGCCUCCACCUCUGCCGCUGCCACUGACAGCAACUCCAACGCCAACUUGGAGAUCAAGAACGUGAAGGUGGAGAGCAGCCAAGGGCGGCGGGAGUUAGUGGCGGCCGCUGUGACUGUGGCAGCUGCGACCUUCGCGAAGGCGGCGAUGGCGGAUGAGCCCCCACGUGGCUCCGCUGAGGCCAAGCAGAAGUAUGCUCCCAUCUGUGUCACAAUGCCCACUGCCCGUAUAUGCCGCAAAUGAUUUCCAGAUGUUUUCUCUGUUGUCUUUUUUUUUUUUUCUUCCUUCCCUAUCAAAUCAUUUCAUUUGGUUUCUGGUUUCCGAGUUUUAUUGUAAAAUCUGUAUAAGAAAGCUAUGAAUUGCCAUGAAUCCCCCUUCAGUGUUCUUGUUUUU